CUAACAUCCUUCUGCUGCCGCUGGCUCAGGGGGCCGAUCACAAGCUCAGCCCCCAGGCAGACCCCCCGCUCCCACCCCCAGGGAAAGCAUCAAAAGAUCCAAGGAAGUUGGCUGCCGAGACCUGCCAGCCUGGGCCCAGCUGCUGCCCUCUGCCAGCUCAAAGUCACCUUUGCUCCAACUCCUCUGCUGGCCAGCCAGAGCGGGCCACUCAGCAGGAACCAGGAACCAGCCCCUAUUGGGCAAUCAUUAAAUCGGAUUCUUGACAUUCCUCUGCCCCAGGUCGGCUUGGGAAACAUGCUCCCCGGAGGAGGAGGCGCGGAGGCCCAGGACCCGCAUUUGGACAUGCAGCUGAUGGGCAAGGUGGUGCUGUCUGCCGCUGCCCUGCUCCUGGUGACAGUCGCCUACAGGCUGUACAAGUCGAGGCCUGCCUGGGCCCCGCUGUGGGGUGGGAACGCCAAGGCCGGAGCAGAGGAGGAGGCAGAGGGCUCCUGGCAGCCUUCCAUCCAGGGUGCUGCUCCCGGGGCACCACACUGGGAGCUGAGACGCCGGAGGGGAAGCAAGGGGGCAGGAGCACUGCUGGGCUGCAGCUGGGAGAAUCCCAGGGGCUCCCGAGUCCUGGAAAUAGGAGCCUCUUCCAGGGACUCAGAACCCCUAGAGACUCAGAAGCUGGAGAGGACAGGCGCAGGUGAGGAGGGGAGUGGGCAGCGCCCGGACUCUGGCCUGGUGCCUCCCUGCUGCAGUGACCAGGAAGCCGGAACAGCUGUUGGCGGUAAGCCUGAGCCACCCCCCCACCCCCAUUUGGGCAGUGAACCAGAAAGCUCUGCCGCUGGCCUUGCUGUGGCAGACGGCAGCGGUGUGGGUGGUGAACCUGCUUCAUGGCAGGACGGCAGACCCCCCGAGCAGCCAGGGGCUGGGGAGCAGGAGUCCCCCCACCACUGUUGGAUGGCCCACAUGGAAGGCAGCAGUGACAUGAACAAGAGCUGGGUCUUCACCCAAGUGACGGGCGUCUGUAGGGAAGAGGCUGGGGCCCUCCAGGCUGCCUCGGACAUGGGCCUGGCCCUGCGUCAGCGGGAGGGAGCCAUCAACGCCUCCUAUACCUUCUCAUCCGUGGCCCGGGUUCGAGUGGAGGAGAAUUUCAUCCAGAAGGUGGAGGGGACCAGGCCCAGGCUGAAGGGCAAGGUGUACGAUUACUAUGUGGAAUCAACCUCUCAGGCCACCUCCAGGGGCAGGCUGGCCCCCAGGACAGCAGCCCUGGCUGAGGCUCUACUCCCUGUGCCACUGCCAGGGCCCCCGGGAACUGGGGCGGCCUCGGGAGGCCGUGCCAGUGACACAGAUGGCAGAGCUGAAACAGCUGCCUCCCCCCAGCCCGUGCUGUCGCCCUCCACGCGGGGCUUCAACAGGAAGGCGAGCCUCCUCCAGAUCGUGGAGCACCCGGAGCUUCAGCUGCAGCUCGAUGGCUUUGGGGCCCCCACUCCAUCCUGCCCAGACCAGAGUGCCCCGCCAGGCUGCCCCAUAUCCCAGGAUUCUCUCGGGCCCAGCUCAGCUGGAAGCAGUGGGGAGGCCCAGGUGGAGCCCGUGGCCGGGACCACUUUCUUCCACCUCCCGAUUGCCCUCUGCUCAGCCCCAGGCGUUCACCUGGAUCUGGGCAAUUGCUAUGAGGUGCUGACCUUGGCCAAGAGGCAGAACCUGGAGACCCUAAAGGAGGCGGCCUACAAGGUGAUGAGCGACAACUACCUCCAGGUCCUGCGCAGCCCGGACAUCUAUGGGUGCCUGAGUGGGGCAGAGCGGGAGCUGAUCCUCCAGCGUCGGCUCCAGGGCCGCAAGCACCUGGUGGUGGCCGACGUGUGCCCCCAGGAAGACUCCGGCCGCCUCUGUUGCUAUGACGACGAGCAGGAUGUCUGGCACCUGCUGGACCGUCUGCCCCCCGAGGCUGUGUCCCGGGGCUGCGCCAUCUGCAGUCUCUUCAAUUAUCUCUUCGUGGUGUCCGGAUGCCAGGGGUCCGGGCGCCAGCCCUCCAACCGCGUCUUCUGCUACAAUCCGCUGACAGGGAUCUGGAGCGAGGUGUGCCCGCUGAACCAGGCCCGGCCGCACUGCCGGCUGGUGGCCCUGGAUGGGCUCCUGUACGCCAUUGGGGGCGAAUGUCUGAACACGGUCGAGCGCUAUGACCCUCGCCUGGACCGCUGGACCUUUGUCCCGCCUCUCCCCAAUGACACCUUCGCCCUGGCGCACACGGCCACCGCGUGUGCCGGUGACAUCUUCGUCACAGGCGGCACGCUGCGGUACCUGCUGCUCCGCUUCUCGGCCCAGGAGCAGCGCUGGCGGGCCGGCCCCACGGGGGGCAGCAAGGAUCGCACGGCCGAGAUGGUGGCGGUCAACGGCUUCCUCUACCGCUUUGACCUCAACCGCAGCCUGGGCAUCAGCGUGUACCGCUGCAGCGCCAGCACCCGCCUCUGGUACGAGUGCGCCACGUACCGGACGCCCUACCCGGACGCCUUCCAGUGCGCCGUGGUGGACAGCCUCAUCUACUGCGUGGGGCGCCGGCGCACCCUCCGCUUCCUGGCCGACCACAUCUCACCCAGGUUUGUGCCCCAGGAGCUGCGGAGCCUCCCCUCCGCACAGGGCACCCUCCUGCCCGCCGUCCUGGCCUUGCCCGCCCCCAACGUGCCUCAGACCAGGGUCUAGCCACCCCUCUGCUGGGACCCUCCUGCAAAACAGGGAGGCAAAAGCACCUCCUGCUCUCCACCCCAGGGGCCGGUUCUGGGAAAGCAAGUGGCCCAGGAAUGUGGCCAGCAAGAGGCGGAUUCUAAUCCGACCUCCUCUGCUGGCUGGGGCUCUUGGAUGCAUCUCUGCCCUCAGUGGGAUGCAGAGGCCCAGUGUGAAAACAGAACUAGGAGCUGGUGUUCUGAGGCCGGGGCACCCACAUCUGCGGGGGUGACCACCAACUUCCUUCAAAUCUGAAUUCUUGGGGGGAGGCACACUAGGACCCCAUGGAAGUUCAGGGGCACAGCCUUAUCAUAACCAUGGUUCUGGGUGCCAGUUGACGCCCAGUGACCCCUCAAGCGGACCCCACUGGAUAUGGGCCAGCUGUCUGUAAGCCACCAGGGUCCCUUCCUAAACAUUGGGUACUGGGCCCCUACCCCCAUGGUUCCCAGAAGCAUCUGGAACACAAAGGUGGGAAAA